GUGCGUAAGAGAAAGAGUAAGUGUUAGAUUCUGCUAAUUGUGGGUGUCUAUUUUGUGGUGUAAAAAUGGUUACGACAGGUCUGUGCGUGUGGUUUAGGUAUAACUCAGUCAGAGGUUUGUGUAGGCGUGUUCUGGUCCAUAUGAGCCUCCCAGGUUCUGGGUCUCUUCCUUAUCAGCUCUCCACUUAUUCACAAAGAGUGACAUCACUGGAGUUUCCACCAAAAAAAAGCUUUUAAAAGAGCGUCUCAAAAUGUCAGUUAAGAAGAAGAAGGAGUCCUCUUACCAUACAUUUACAGUUUGACUUGGAUUGAAAGCAAGAACUUACUCAGAACAAUGGAGAGUGAAUUCAAGAUAUUACUGGAUGCAGAUGCGAGCACAGGGACAAAUGAUCGGACAUCCACUAGAAUCAAAACAUUUCAAAUGUCCAGACUUACCUUGGCCCUGAUGGCUUUCACACUCUGCCUUGCUACUGGUGCUGCUGUUUUCCUCUUCUCUAAUGCUCGUGUCAAGAGUGCAGUAUCAGACGAGGGAAGCUCUGCUUUUCAUCACGCCUUAAGGCAAAUUUCAAACAGGGCAGCCAUUCAUCUAGAAGGAGUACACGACCCCGCCAUAAACACGUCAGUGAAGUGGAUGAACAAAGUGGACCAGGCACAUUCUCAAGGAGAUCUAGAACUAAAAGACAAUGAGAUUCUGAUUCCUCAGAAUGGCCUCUACUUUGUUUACAGCCAGGCGUCGUUCAGAGUAAGCUGCAGCAGCACUGCUGAUGACCUUACUUCCAAUCACAUGAUCCAUCUGAGUCACACAGUGAAACGCUGGUCCAGAUCAUUUGGCUCUAAUGAUGAGAGGUCCUAUCAGACCCUCUUGCAUUCAGUUCGUACUGUGUGCCAGGGUACAGCCAGUAAGGAUCCAGACUCAGCUGGAAGCUGCUUCUCUGCAGUGUAUAUGGGAGCAGUAUUCGAUUUAAAGAGUGGGGACAGACUGAAGACGGUUAUGGAAGAGAAGAUGCUUGAGAAACUUGAAGAAGAUGCAGGGAAGACUUAUUUUGGUGUCUUUGCCUUGUAAAGAGAGCUUGCAGAGGGCAGUAAAUUUACAUUAACAUACAUGUUAACAUACACAGAGUAGCACCUGUACUACUUAUUAUGGAAUGGAGUCUGUUGCAUAGCACCAAAAGAAACUUGUUUUGUAAGUUUUAUAUUUACAGAUCAACCAGUAAGUGAUUAGCAAUGUCUGAUAUGGUGGUCUGUAAUCCACCACAUCAGAGCUAUUUACUAAGAUAUGUCAUUUUUGUAUCACUUAUGUUGUGUGUUUUUGCUGCUAAUUGUUUCACUACAGCCUGGCAAUGAUGUGUCGACAUAUUUAUUUAUUAUUAUAAUUAUUUUUAUUUAUUUAAAUAUUUAUUCUUUUUUCUCUAAGUCGGUGUGUUUUUCUGUUCACUAGGUCCUGUUAUAUUAUGGUGUUUGUGGUGCAAAACACUUGAAUACAUAUUGUUUGCAAAGAUUACAAACUCUGAUGAUUAUACUUUACAGUAGUAGACUUGUUCUCACCUGUUUAUCGCUGGAUCAACCAGUCAGGAUUAGGUUUUUGUGCCUUUUUAAUAUGGAGGGAUUUCUGGGAGACCACAGAGGCUGCUCUUUUCCCAAUGAAGAAAAAUGCAGUUAACACUAGUUAAAAAUCCAUCCAUCCA